AUGUAUUGGGCGAAAGAACUUUCAGAAACUUUGGUUGUGCUGUUCGAUCUCGCGUGGGAGUGUGCCGUUCGCGUUCCUGUUCUGCUCACGAUGCUCGUGGCUGUAUUCGACUUCAAGUUUUGGGACCCGAUCGACAUGUCAAAGUUAGGGCAAGAUACCGUUUACUUAUCGAAUCCUUUCGACGACCCCCCUACAGUGAAAAACGCCUCAAAUCAUAACGUUUUUGUUUCAUUUUCACCAGCAGGCGCCAUGCAAAGCGCUGUGGCGCCACCGUACCUUGAACCUGUUGCUCAACCGUCGCCGCUGAAUUCGCUGAGCUCGUUGUCGGCGCGUGUCUACCCUUCUGAUCAACCAAUGAUAUUUACGUCGUCAAAUCCUAAUGCGCCUCCAAUAUGCCCUUGCGGAAAAUGCCACCGCGAGAUCCACGACAACGAUCAAGCGAUUCAGUGCUACCGUGGAUGCAAGUUUUGGUUCCAUCGCACGUGUGUCGGCUUGACGGAGGACGCGUGGCACAUGAUCGUCAAUGAACCUUAUGCUGAAUGGGUGUGCGAUCCAUGUCUAGCUUCCAAGCAGAUACCUUGGGUCAUCUUUACAAACUCGUAG